GGCAGUUCCGCCGACUCGUCGGCGACGAGCGCUCGCAUACACACAGCUUCACAUUACAUAUAGACAUUCUUCGGCUACAGCACCUAGUCGAGCCGUUCCUUCGGACAUGCUUUGACGGGCGGUUUCGCGUCGUCGUGCGCGCAGGUGUCUUUUUUUUUCAUUAUUUUUUAUCCCGCACACAAGCACUCUUAAGAAAAUAAAAUAAAAAAAAAACACGAGGGACACUAAACUAAAUAUACAUAGUGUGAUACCGACGACGACGGCGACGACGACGACGACGACGAUGGUGCAGAACGUUGCCAAGAGGAACACGAAGGUGAGGGACAGUAGUCGGUCUUUUGCGACGCAGUUUUCCGCUAGUGCAUCAGCAGUGGAUUGUUUAGUAUAUAAAAAAUAAAGUGUAAAAGGUAUACUACUCUUUUUCGAGCGAUCGGGGAAAUGCGCGUACACGCGGGGUUCAGUUUAUUUGGACUUGUGUGGUGUAGAGCGAGAGCUGAGAGAGCGAUGCGUCAUGAUGCUAAUGCGCUCGUGAAUUGUUCGAGCCAAAUGCGACGGACACUCUGAUGAGGGAUGCAGUUUUGCAGAAACGAAAUAAUAACGUAGCGACCUUGAAAUCGAAACCAUCCCUUGAAAUUUAUCGACCGCCCGGCGUCAGAACGGACGGAACAACGGCUAAUGCAACGAAUCCCCAAUUGAACGUACACGCUAAGGAAUUCACCAUGAAGCAGAACGACCUUCAUCUACCCAAAUCCCAAUCGAAUUCGAUGGACCGGCCCUACUACCUGCAGCACAGCAAGUCCAGUGGCAACAUCCACCGGUACCUCUAUGCCCAGCAACAGCAGCAGCAGCAGCAUCAGCAACAGCAACAGCAACAGCAACAGCAUCAACAGCUCCACUACCCGUUGCAGCAUCAGCUGUCACCCGGUCCACACCACCAUCCCCCGAACUAUCACCCCCUGAUGACCGCAAUGAGACAGCCCCACGCGCUGAACACCUCCGCGUCCAGUGGGAACAUCUUGCACAAUUCCGGUCGAGUUCACUUCAGCGUGGAACCGCACGACAUGAAAACUCCGACCCCGAAACCGGGGAAACUCACGAAAUCAUUGUCUUUCGUUUCUUCCUACGGCCUGAGACGUUCCAAGAGCUUCACGGCUGCCGAUGUCCUAGCCGCCCGAGCCAUGAACAUAGCCGACGCAUCUGAGCUUGGAAAGUUUCCUCCCGACGUGCAAGAAACACUGCUCAAAGCGAUCGACGAUCCCAACGUUUUAAGCUCACGAGCGCUGAUGGAGCUCGUGCGGCACAUUUUGGAGCGCGUCGUUGAGAACCAGCGCUGCGCCGCUCCGGCAGCCAAGAUCUGUAUCACGAUAAUCGAGAAAGAAGUGAAGGAGACGUUUCUCGAGUCAUUGCUCAACACGUGCCAGGCCUGGUACCAGGAACGCAUCAGACUGCUCCAGAACGUCUCGGACUGCCAUCACUUUUCGGCUUUCAUGACAUUCCUCAACGAAAUGUAUUGUCAGCUGAAACGUCGGCAGCUCCAGCUAAAGACGCAGCAGGAAGGCGUUCCACCUGGACGGGUUCUUCUCACGCUGCUCUGGAAAUGUUGUCAAGAUUGUCUUCGUCCUCCGAUGAUUAAUUCCCCUGCGGAGGCGAACUGUCUCUUCUACAUCCUGACGUGCGUCGGCAAGGACCUUGCCAUGGAACUACCAGCCCAGCUGCAGCAAUUACUAGGCAGCGUUCGCGACGCUUUCCUCAACGAGGACAACACGCCCCCGGCGGUGCGCAAGACUCUUCUCCAGCUGAUCGAGCUUCACGCUGCCCACUGGCAGUUGCCCGCCCCCGCCGUCGUCUACUACUACCCGGGCUCUACGAAAUGACAUCGGCGGUCCCUCCUCACAUCCAAGUGCACUUGUACUUCCAGCAUCCAUCUCUGACAUCUGAUACACACCUGGUCCUCGAGAAAAAUCUUUGCGAUCGUCGAUGUGCCAGGAUUUUGCCCGUAGAGUGUAUGGUUCUCUACGUUGCUUUGAAUUCAUUGAUUAAGGCGUGUCGACGAUCGUUAUCGAUUUUUUUUUGGGACGGUGGCAGCCACACGGUCGAUUUUAUCUUUUGAGAUAGGGACAGAUAUAACAAUAAAGAGAAAAAUGUUUUUUUUUAUAUUGGGCAUUUAUGGUUGGUGCUGUGUGGUUAUAAAGCUCGUUAUUUCAGAAUGAAAGUUGUACACGAAAUUCGUAUGGAAAUCUUUUUUAAACAAUGUUAUCGGCUUUUCUCUUGUGCGGGUUUUAACAAAAGAUGAAUAGGUUUUUUAACAAAUGAAGAAAAUUCAACAAAUUUAAUUUACUUGUAUAUCAUCAUACACGCGAUAUUAUUAACUCUGUUAUAAAUCUAGUCUGAAUUGCAAAAAGUGCUAAUAUAGUCAUCGACCAUUGUAUGUAGGUUUUUUUAAUUACGAUUUAAGUAGCCUUUAAAAGUCAUUCGAUUGAAGAUAACGCAUACAUUUAACUGUAACUUUCGCAUCAUAAAAUCAUUUAGUUUGCAAUAUAUAGGCAUAACGAUAAAAUGAACGAUAAUUUUAUGUCGAGAAGUAUAAACGCGUUUUUGAUUGAAUUUAUUGUUUUUGUUUCUUAAUUGUAAAGCGCAUUUAAAUUUGACAGCAUGAUAAUCUAACGUACUUUUGUAAACAUUUUGAAAUUAAAUCAUUGUACGUUUAUAUAAGAAGAAAACAUAGUUUUGUAAAAAUGAUGAAAGGUAUAAAAUAUACAUAAAAAAUGAAAU